AUGGCAAACACUUUACCAGAAGUAAUAAAGGACAUCGGGCGUUGUCGUGAGGUGGUUGAUAUUCUGUCACGUGAAAAAGUUCUGGCCAUGGACUGUGAAGGAAUAUCCCUUGGAGCAGAAGGUCCCCUCACGUUGAUACAAAUAGGCACAUACUCGGGACAUGUGUACUUGUUCGACAUACUUCUUAAUAAAGAUCUCCUGAAAAAAGGCAGACUGAGAGAACUUGUGGAAUCCAAAAAUAUAGUCAAGGUAAUUCAGUCAUGCUCAAAUGACAGUGCAGCUCUGCAUUAUCAGUUUAAUGUAACACUUCAGAAUGUGUUUGACACACAGAUAGCAAACCUUGUAAUUCAAGAACAUCAAGGACGUAAAAUGGCUCCUCUUCUUAAACUGGAUGCAAUAUGUGAAAAAUACUCCGGAAAUAAAGGAGAUUUUAGGCAAAAAGAAGACGUACAGACUGAAUGGAUGAAAGUCACAGGUGAUCUUUGGGCAAAACGACCAAUGACUGAAGAGAUGAUAUUGUACGCAGCAGGUGACGUCACAUCGAUUGUACCAGAAGUGUACAAAAACCAGAAAAAGUAUCUGCUGGAAAACAAUUUAUGGAAGAAGUUUGAAGAGAGGGUUCACGAAGAGAUUUAUUACUUUAUUGACCCCACACUCAAAUUAAAAAGAAAAGAGAGAGUAGACGCAAUUACAAAAGAGAUCAUCGCUAAUAUUAAAGCAACAUGUCCACCAAACAUCAGAAUUUCUGACUUUGAAGAUGACCAAGACGAGAUAAGGGCUCUAAAGAGACUGAAUUUUAGGGAAGCUCCCGCUAUAUCACCACUUAUAAAUCGAUUAAAAACAGAAAUCCUCCAGAAGGAUCUAAAUGAGCUCUCAGAAAAACUAGACAAGGAAGGAGACAGUUUUGUUGCAAAUUGGAAAUCAAAGGCUUGGAUAUUUGAUUCCGAGAAACACCCUGAUGUAUCGAUCAGAGAGUCCGCUAAAAGAGUCCUCAAGAAGAUGAAUGAUAUUGCUUUGAAGGACGUCUGUAACAAAUAUAACAUGAACACAAAGCUGAGUCAUGUUCGAGAUAUGGAAAAAGAAACAUUGCGCUCACUUCGGCCGAAUGGGACUAGCGACCCAAAUAUCCAUCCCGUGGCCCUCCGUCUGCAUUGGAUGUUGAUGGAAGAUGACUUGGAUAAAAAAAUUUCAGAAUUCCAAGCUAAGCGACUGGAAUUCAAAAUGACAGAGGGAUUUUAUAGGAAAAUGAAGUUUUACAUCGCUAAAAACACUCGCGUACCUCCAAUCAUCAAAAGAAAAGCCAAGAUGUUCAAGGAUGAACUUGAUUUAACUUUUGGACGUGAUGUUAUUCCUACAUAAAAGACAGGCCUUUGGCUUCUGUAAUUCAUAUGUAGACCAAGAAAAG